AUGGCGGUGGGAGCCCGGCUCCGAAGCAAGGCGGCAAACAGCCUCCCGCGACGCGGGCCCCGAGGGCGACGACUGGCGGAAGGGGACGAGGAGGCGACCGCAAUCCUGGAGUACCUGGAGUGCGAGUAUGAGGACGCGGAGGCUGUGGCGAGCGGCGCAAGCGGCUCAAGCGGCUCCGGGACGCGGAGUGCAAGGAGGGUGCACCUCGCCCUCCUCCCCGAGCGCUACGAGCCGCUGGACGAACCGGCGCUCGGGGAGAAGCCCAAGAGGAGGUACCGGCAGAAGCUGAAGAAAUACGGAAAGAAUGUCGGGAAGGUCAUCACCAAAGGAUGCCACUAUGUUGUCAUUGGUCUACAGGGAUUCGCUGCGGCCUACUCCGCCCCAUUCGCAGUAGCCACCAGUGUGGUGUCCUUUGUCCGCUAG